AUGAGCAACCACGCACAUCAUGAGGAUAUAAUUUUUUACUCGGGAGCAGAAAAUAUCAGCAAUGGGCUCAAUAUUGGCUUUGCCAACGGGUCCCGGAGCGCGAGGAGUUCUGCUGAAGAUGACGCAUCGUCGCAUUCCAGCAAUCAGCCCAGUCUCACUGCUUCUGCAGGUAUCCAGGAAUCCUGCCUACUACGAUACUUUAUCGAGGAAGUAUCUCCCUGGUUUGAUCACUGUGACAAUCGGAGGCAUUUCCAGUUCGUCGUCCCCUGUCGGGCUCAGCACUGCCCAACUCUUCGAUAUGCUAUAUUUGCAGUAUCAGCCCGACACUUGUGCCGACUGCCUCAAUACAGGACACGCCGCGGGAUUCUAUAUGGUGGGCAGCUACUCCCCCACCUACAAACGUCCAGUGCUGUUGAAUAUAUGCUCAAAUGCAUCCCUGGUCUGGCCGAGUUCCCUAACAUCCAGGACCCGACACACCAAGAGAACAUCAUGGCUGCUGCCGUCAUUCUACGUCAGUACGAGGAGAUGGAAGAAGAGACUCGCGAAGGCAGAGGCAGUGUCGAAGCUGAGUAUUACGAUGACGAACGCGUCAACUUUCUGGCUGUCACUCAAAGGAUCAUUGACUCUAUGAUCGCCUCUCCGCUAGACCAUUCGCUUGCUAGGGCCGCAUAUUGGAUUGUCAUCCGGCAAGAGAUUUAUUAUGCAUUGACAAGGGAGACGGUCCCGCAUUUACGAUUCGAUUCUGACCGUUGGCGCAAUGCUUCAAUCACCAACAAUAUGAUCAUGUUCGUCGGUAAAGUCGCUCAGUGGCGCUGGGGGCAAAAGCGCCCUGAUGAAUGGACACAACUCAAGCUGGAUGAACAGAAACUGGUUCAUGAAUCGCUUGGUCAAAUGGAACCUAUUCUUGAACUCAAGGCAGAUCGAGCUAAAGGCCAGAUAUUUCCGACCGUCUGGUACAGUUUCGAUGUCCAGGCGACGGCAGUACAGCAUUUCCAACUGGCUCAAAUGAUCUUGACUGCUGAAAAUCCUCAACUCGAAAAAGCAAAUCGUGCGGCUCAUCGCAAAGCAGAGGCUCAAGUUCGAUCAAUCAUCUUCAAACUAUGCGGUAUCGCUUUGAAUCACCUACAAGUGCAACCCUGCCUGGUAAACGCAGUCAUUGCUAUUACUCUGUACGGUGAUUACUUUACUGAUCAUGCGGAGCGCGAGGCAUUAGUUGGUAUCAUCAACCGGACAAGAGACUUACAUGUCUGGCAGAUGAAAAAGCCAUAUGAGACUCUGCUACGACGAUGGGAAGAGGCCGACAAUGCAGAGAUAUGA